ACAGGGGAGUCAGUUAUUGCAGGAAGUUGCGCAUGAAGACUACCUAGGCACCAUGGCGCCUCUAGACUUAGAUAAAUAUGCAGAGAUUGCAAAACAGUGUAAAUACCUCCCAGAAAACGACCUCAAGAGGUUAUGUGACUAUGUGUGUGACCUGCUGCUGGAGGAGUCCAACGUUCAGCCUGUUUCAACUCCUGUAACAGUUUGUGGUGACAUACAUGGACAGUUUUAUGAUCUUUGUGAACUCUUCCGAACUGGCGGCCAGGUUCCUGACACAAAUUACAUAUUCAUGGGUGACUUUGUUGACAGGGGAUAUUACAGUUUGGAGACAUUCACCUACCUGCUGGUGCUGAAAGCCAAAUGGCCCGACCGCAUCACACUUCUACGUGGAAACCAUGAGAGCAGACAGAUAACCCAAGUUUAUGGCUUUUAUGAUGAGUGCCAGACCAAGUAUGGGAAUGCAAAUGCUUGGCGUUAUUGCACCAAAGUGUUUGACAUGUUAACAGUUGCAGCUCUGAUGGACGAGCAGAUCCUGUGUGUCCAUGGAGGCCUCUCCCCAGACAUAAAAACUUUGGAUCAAAUUCGAACCAUUGAGCGGAACCAGGAGAUCCCCCACAAAGGAGCAUUUUGUGACCUGGUGUGGUCAGACCCUGAAGACGUGGACACUUGGGCCAUUAGCCCCAGAGGAGCUGGUUGGCUCUUUGGUGCAAAAGUCACAAAUGAGUUUGUUCACAUCAACAACCUGAAGCUGAUCUGCAGGGCUCAUCAACUUGUCCACGAAGGCUACAAGUUCAUGUUUGAUGAGAAGCUAGUCACAGUGUGGUCUGCUCCGAACUACUGCUAUCGCUGUGGCAAUAUCGCCUCAAUCAUGGUCUUCAAAGACGCUAACACAAGAGAGCCAAAGCUCUUCAGAGCAGUGCCUGACUCUGAAAGGGUCAUUCCACCUCGAACAACAACACCUUAUUUCCUGUAAGCACAUUGAAACCAAAACAACAAGCGAUUUCAGUGCACAGAUGCCGACUGGGACGGGCAUCAGCAACCCAUAUGAAUUUUGUAUUGUACAUUGAGAGUAUUUACAUUGCAUUUCCUGGUGCCAAGUGUGUUCCCAGUCUUACAUUUAAUGCAAUUGUUCUGCAGCUUAUACCCCAUUGAGAUAUUACAGAGCAAGUUAGCUCAGCAGUAUCACUGCACUGUUGAGGAGAAGGGUGAAAAUGGCACUUGUAAAAUGUUCAUAUUUAUAAAUCUCAAUUUUACUUUACUAUGGAAAUUCAGUCUGCUGUUAUAUACAAUGUUUCAUUUAAUUUUGUUAUGCUGGUGUAUAUGUACUAAAGUUGCGUGUUAGAAAAUAAAGCACUGCACAGAAACAAAAAAAAUCCAUAAAUUCUGUCAAAAUUCAAUGGAGUCAUACGCUUAGUGUUUUCAUGUGGUCAUAUAAGAAAACAUGUAAAACUGAGAUAUGAUGUGUAAAAAUGUAACCAUACUUGUUAGAGAGUUCUGUAUUGUUAACUCUGUGCUACCUUAAAAGAUUAUCUGUGACUUACAGAUUUGGAAUAAUUUCUUGUAAUUAGUCUUUUUCUGUGUAUCACCAUUCUGUUUUUAAAUAAAGAAAUCCAAAAAUUGUAAAAAAAAAAAAAGUUCCAUACCGGUGUGAUGGGCAAAAAACACAUCCCUUUUCAGCAUAAUCUAUAUUAUUGGGUAGUAAAUACUAUUAUCUUUAAAUAGCCUAUUCAUGACCCAAAAACAAUGAAAAGACUUGCACUGUAUGGAAAAUAGUAAAAACUGUACUAUGAGAGUUAUAAUUCCCCUGAAGAUGAUGAUUUGACUGUCAAGAUAAUCUUUAUCCUUGGUUGUUUAGAAAGAAAUUAAUAUCUUCCUUCACCAUGUGUACAAUUAAAAACUAAAGUGGAUUGCAGCUAACUUGCAUCAUUAAUAAAUUAUUACUUUUAUUAAACUGACCAUA